AUGAACAGAAGGCGAAUGAUAUGCGAAAAGGAGGAGGAGGUUGGGGAGGAGGAGGAGGAGGAGGAGGAGGAGGAGGAGGAGGAGGAGGAGGAGGAGGAGGAGGAGGAGGAGGAGGAGGAGGGGGGGGGCUGUUACUGGCAAGGCUACUCCCACAAGCCACAGACGCAGAAUACCGGCAGUGGGGAUGGUCUGUCACCCGUGGGGUUCGCCUUAACCAGCAACGAUGGAGGAGGAGGAGGAGGCGGAGGAGGAGAGGAGGAGGAGGAGGAGGAGGAGGAGGAGGAGGAGGAGGAGGAGGAGGAGGAGGAAGAGGAGGAGGAGGAGGAGGAGGAGGAGGAGGAGGAGGAGGAGGAGGAGGAGGAGGAGAGGAGGAGGAGGAGGAGGAGGAGGAGGAGAGGAGGAGGAGGAGGAGGAGGAGGAGGAGGAGGAGGAGGAGGAGGAGGAGGAGAGGAGGAGGAGGAGGAGGAGGAGGAGGAGGAGGAGUAG